AUGGCGACCGUCAACGUGCUUCAGCCCGAGGCCAGUAACUCCUUCCACUACAUUAUUGUUGGAGGAGGAACUGCUGGCUGUGUUAUUGCUAGUCGGCUGUCAGAGUACCUUCCAAAUAGUCGCAUUCUUCUGAUCGAGGGUGGUGACACUGACCAACAUGAUGAACGCAUCUCCAACCUCCGCCGAUGCCUUGAGCUCAUCGGUGGUGAGCUUGACUACGAUUAUGGUGUUACUGAACAAAUGAGAGGUACGUUUUUCACAACGGCUUGACUUUUAGAACAUUUCACUCUCAUGUUGCUUCUUGUAAACGAAUGAAUGAAAAGCCAGUAUUAACUCUUGACAAGGAAACAGCUUCAUCCGCCACUCCCGCGCCAAGAUUCUCGGUGGCUGCUCCAGUCACAAUGGCGGAAUCUCCGUCGAGACAUUCGAGUACGACUGCCGUCGAUUUGAAACUCUCGGCUGUAAAGGCUGGUCUUAUGCGACUUUCAAGCGUCUUCUAGGCAAGCUUCUCCUAAAGAGACAACCAUGCCAUGAGAUCCAUCACAAUGCCCUUGUCAAUGAUUGGAUCAAGGCCGCAUCUACCUCUCUGGGUAUCCCAGCUGUCGAAGAUUUCAACAAAGCUCUUGACGCCCAAAAGAAUAUGUCUACCGGGGUCGGGUAUGUUCCGAUCGCAUAUGAGCAUGAGAGUGGUAAGCGGAAUAGUGCCAGCACAGCCUAUAUUCACCCUAUCCUGCAAGGCGAGUGGAAGCGGCCCAAUCUUACGAUACUUCUCAAUACCUGGGUAUCCAAAAUCAAUGUGUCUGGCAAUACCGUCAAUGGAGUCAAUGUUACCUUUCAAAAUGGUAACAAGAUGUCCCUUCAGGCCAGAAAGGAGACGAUCCUUUGUGCUGGAGCUAUUGAUACCCCUCGCCUCAUGCUGCUCUCCGGCCUCGGUCCUCGCGAGCAUCUGAAUGCUGUCGGUAUCCCUGUCACCAAAGACCUUCCUGGUGUUGGCGAAAAUCUCCAGGACCACAUUGAGACCAUGAUCACCUGGGAACUCAAGCGCCCGGCACCUGAGGAGACAGCCAUGUACUCGGACGCUGUUCUUUUCCUCCGAAGAGAGGUUGAAAAUGCGCGCGGCCUUGACAAGAGAGUUGCUGAUCUGAUGUUCCACAUUUUCACUUGCAACUAUGAUGCCAACCCAGAUCGCCGAAGCAACGAGGCCCCGCCUACAAACGUUUUCUCGAUGACUCCCAAUGUUCCACGACCAAUGUCCAGGGGCCGGCUGUACCUUACCAGCUCAGACCCUAAUGUUCAGCCCGCUCUUGAUUUCCGUUACUUCACUGAUCCUGAGGGAUACGACGAGGCCACUCUUGUCGCCGGUAUCAAGAUUGCCAGAAAGGUCGCCCAGCAAGCCCCAUUCAAAGACUGGAUCCAGCGUGAGAUCGCUCCUGGACCCAGCGUCAUUACCGACAAAGAUUUAUCCGCCUACGGCAGACAGGCCAGCUGCACAAUUUACCACCCAACUUGCACCACUAAGAUGGGCGAUGUAGAGCGUGAUCCUUUUGCCGUUGUCGACCCACAACUCAAGAUCCGGGGUCUGCGCAAGGUCAGAAUUGCUGACGCCGGUGUCCUCCCCGUGAUCACCACCGCCAACCCCAUGUUGACUGUUCUCGCCAUUGGUGAACGGGCUGCCGAGAUGAUUGCCGAGGAGGCUGGUUACAAGAAGAGCGAGUGGACAGACUCCGACAGUUUGGAGAACGCCGUCCGUGCUGCUGGUCGUAUCCGGACAGUUGCCAAUCUCCAAGUGCAGUCGAGCAAGCUGUAG